AUGAUGCAACCCGACACCACCGGCUACCAGUGCUCCGCUAACCAGACUGGCUCCGGCUACCCGUGCCGGACCUACGCCUUUUACCGAGCUUCAGCUCCUAAUUUCCUCGACCUCGCCUCCAUUGGUGUCCUCUUCUCCGUUAGUGGUUCCAUGAUUGCAGAAGCAAGCAACAUUUCUCCUCCUAAUUCAACUUUAGCCCCAAACCAACCCCUCUUCGUUCCUUUAUCUUGCUCCUGCAACUUCAUCAACUCAACCUUCGGUGCCAUCUCCUACGCCAAUCUCUCCUACACCAUCAAGAAAGGAGACACGUUCUACCAAGUCUCCUCGUUUAGCUACAGGAACCUCACGACCUACCAAUCCGUAGAAGUCGUGAACCCCACCCUCGUCCCGGAGAAUUUGACGAUCGGUGUUAGCGCCGUGUUCCCUGUGUUCUGCAAGUGCCCUAACACGAUGCAAUUGCGAAACGGAGAGAACAUCCUGAUUUCCUACGUGGUUCAACCGAAUGAUGACGUAUCGUCGAUCGCCACCAUGUUUGGAUCAAAACCGCAGUCAAUAAUUGAUGCUAACCGUAAAAAUUUCCGAGAAUUUGACACUAUCUUCGUUCCGGUGUCGCGAUUGCCGGUGCUGAAACAGCUUCCGGUUAACACUUCGGCGCCGCCGGCUUCGUCCCCUGCCGCAUGA